UUCGACAGCUGCUUUGCCCAUUGGCCGACGUAAUUUUCAUUCAACUUGUAGGUUGAAUAAGCAACUUCGAUCUUGUUGCAUAACAUAAUUUAUUAAAUACCAUAAAAAUUUUCCCUACGAUGAUAAAAUCAGGAUACCUUCGAUCCGUUAGUCAAGUUGUAAGUAACCAAUUAAAUGUAUCGACUGCCAAUGUCGUUUUACCAAAAAAACAAGUCGUCAAUGUUGCUCCUCAAAGUAUCUCCCUUCUAUCCUUGAGCAGAUCUUUACCAAAUGCAAGCUUUUCUGUCUCUUCAGGCCCGGCUGUUACAUCUCAAAUUAGAUGGGCCCACACAGACAUUCAUGUUCCAGAUUGGAGCAAUUAUCGUAAAAACAGUGUAAAAGACCCAGAAGUUAAAAGCUCAGAUUCGGAAGUUAGCCGAAAAAACUUUACCUAUCUUAUAUCUGGAGCUUUAGGGGCGAGCGGUGUCUAUGCUACCAAAGGAUUAGUUACACAGUUUGUUAGUUCAAUGAGUGCAUCUGCUGAUGUACUUGCUUUGGCAAAAAUUGAGGUUAAACUGGCAGAUAUCCCCGAAGGAAAAUCAGUUACCUUUAAAUGGAGAGGUAAACCUUUAUUUAUUCGUCACAGAACUGCAGAAGAAAUUGCAAGUGAACAAUCUGUUGCCGUUUCAUCUCUCAGGGAUCCUCAACAUGAUAAUGAGAGAGUACAAAACCCUAAAUUUUUAGUUGUAAUUGGUGUAUGCACCCAUUUGGGUUGUGUACCAAUUGCUAAUGCUGGUGAUUUUGGUGGAUAUUAUUGCCCAUGCCAUGGAUCGCAUUAUGAUGCUUCUGGAAGAAUUCGAAAGGGUCCUGCUCCUCUAAAUUUAGAAGUUCCAGAACACACAUAUGCUAAUGAGGGCCUGCUAAUAGUUGGUUGAAAAUAUUAAUGUCUAUUAAGAGAAAAACAAAAUUUAAGAAUAAUUUGAAAAUAACAAAAUUACAAUACCAAUAGUAAGCUUAAUUAUAAAUAAAUAUUUGAUAUCUUGUUCUAACUUGUGUAAUAUCUUUCUCUUAAAAUAAAAUAAAAUUUUGAACGUGAUAUAAUUUUAAAUAAAAGUUUAAUGAGA